AUGCUGGGUGGGGGCGUGGCAAGCGGAAGCUCCGCCCCCUCCGCGCCGGAGUUCCCGUGCGGGGGGCAGCACCGCGGGGAGUCGGGGUUCAUCGCCAGCGAGGGCUUCCCCCGCCACUACCCGCCCGGCCGCAACUGCACCUGGACCAUCACGGUCCCCGAGGGGCAGGUGGCCACCCUCUCCUUCCGCGUCUUCGACCUGGAGCCGGACCCGCGGUGCCGCUUCGACUCGCUCUCGGUGUUCGGGGGCCACGGGCCGGGGGCGCCGCUGCUCGGCCGCUUCUGCGGGACGUUCCGGCCCGGGGCGCUGCGGGCGGCCGGGAACCGCCUGCUCCUGCGCAUGGAGAGCGACGCCGCCACCGCCGGCCGCGGCUUCCUCGCCUGGUUCAGCGCCGGCCUCCCCCCGGCCCACGGGCCCCCCCACGGACGGCGGCGUUCGGGGGUUAAUAAUAAACCCCAUUUUUUCGGGGAGUCCUGGCACUAUUUUGACGAGCACCAGUUUUGCGGGGGGCGCCUGGAGAAGCCCCAGGGGAGCCUGAAGACCCCGAACUGGCCGGAGGAGAAUUACCCCGCCGGGAUCAGCUGCUCCUGGCACAUCGUGGCGCCCCCCGAAAAGGUGGUCGAGCUGAGGUUCGGGAAGUUCGACGUGGAGCCCGACGCCCACUGCCGCUACGACUACGUGGCUGUGUUUGAGGGGGGGGAGACGGACGACGCGCGGAGGGUGGGGAAGUUCUGCGGGGAGGAGACCCCCGGCCCCAUCGUCUCCUCCGGCCGCGAGCUGCUGGUGCAGUUCGUCUCGGACCUGAGCGUGACGGCCGACGGCUUCUCGGCCACCUACACCAUGAGGAGCCGCGACGCGGCCCCGGAGCCCGGCCCCGACGCCCUGAACCCCAAAGCCAAGGGGGGCGGGAAAGGGAAAGCCCCCCCCAGCCCGAAAACGGUGACGGCGGCUGCCACCGUCGUCCCCGUCACGGCGACCCCCUGCCCCCAGCGAUGCCGGCGCGCCGGGACGCUGCAGAGCAACUUCUGCGGCAGCGACUUCGUGCUGACCGGGACGGUGAAGUCGGUGUCGCGGGGUCCCCCCCAGGAGCGGGGCUGGGCCGUGGUCUCCAUCCUCGGCCUCUACAAAUCGGGGGGGCUGGGGGUACCCCAGCCCGCCAAGGGGGCCACGCUGCGCCUCCAGCUGCCCUGCCGCCUCUGCCCCGUCCUCAAGAAAGGCUCCAGCUACAUCCUGAUGGGGCAGGUGGGGGCGGACGGGGGGGCCGUGCUGCCCCCCGACGCCUUCGUCGUCCCCUACCGCCAGCAGCAGCAGCAGGUUUUGGGGAACCUCAGCAAAAGGCCGUGUCGGGGGAACCCCUGAGACCCCCCCCCACCCGGGUCCCGGACCCCCCCCCCAAAUUUUGGGGACACCCCCCCCCCCAUAUGCAAUAAAGGGCACAGAGCUGGA